GUUGAGUCCGAGUUGACCUCGGGGUUAAAAGAAAAUGGCCGCCGAAAACGUGAUGGACGACUCUGUUUUGGACUCAACUGGUGAAGUCGACCCUCCUGCAAGUGUUGAAAGAAGCACAACUGACAACAAUGUUGUGCCCAUACCGCCCCCGGCAGUCCUGCACACACAACCAGAGGUCAGGUACAACUGGACAGACAUCACACAGGACUUCCUCACGUCAUGUGAAGAACUUGAACUUGGAGAGCUGAUGCAUGAUGCCAAUUUUGGGCUGUUUGAGGCCAUGUCUGCUAUAGAGAUGAUGGACCCAAAGAUGGAUGCAGGGAUGCUGGGAAACCGAGGAGACAGGGAGGUCCUCAACUUCCAACAGGCAAUACAGAGAGAAACAGUGAAACUCAAAGACUUGACUGCACCAGAGCUGAUUGGUAUCAUUGACACAAUGCUAUCCAGCAUGGUGACGUGGCUAGAAGGCCACUCCCUCGCCCAGACAGUGUUCACCUGUCUGUACCUGCAUGACCCUGAGCAGGUGGAGGACAGGUGCAUGCGAGCCGUCGCUCUGGGUGCCCUCAAACUGGUCGACCUCAUCAAGAACAACGUCAACAGGGCCAGCGUCUUUGAAGAGGAAGACUUCCAGACCAUGACCUAUGGUUUCAAGUUAGCUUGCAACGUCACAGAUGUUAGAGUUACUGGCAUGUUACGUGAAGUUGAAGACGAGAUUAACAGAAAAGUAAAGAGCACCAGAUGUAAACAGGGAGAGGAGAGAGAUCCCCAGACUGAACUGGAGCAUCAGCAAAAUGUUGCGCUCCAGGCUAGGAUGAAGUUUUGUCGCCUGCUGCUUACUGCUCUUAUAGCCUUCAACAAACCUCAGUGUAGUGGUGUGACUGAUGGGAAGAGACUCCUGCUGCAGGCAGGGGAACUGUUGGAGGUGAUGAAGAACACCAUCCACCAUGGAGUUCACCCAGACGAGACAGCUACACCAGAUUUUCCCAUCAUUAUGGGGUUUGAACCACUAGUCAACCAGCGCCUUCUCCCCCCCACCUUCCCUCGGUACACCAAGAUAGUCGGCAGGGAAGCUGCCAUGGAAUACUUCCAGGGUCUGUUGAUCAGGCUGGGUCAAGUCUGUGAGGUUGUGAACAUCAGCUCUAUACACACAGUGCUGGACUUCUUCAUAGAAUUCAGCAAGGCCUCUCCUUGUGUGCUGUCUAGAUCACUACUACAGGUUCUUGCUGUGUCUACAGACAGGAAGGUUUUUGGCACUCUGCCAUUCAGAGAGGCCUUACGAGAGGCUGUGAGAGCCUUCAACUAUCCACCAGCCCUUAUACCCAGGUCUUAUGUGUUUAAUAAUCCUCAAGCCAAGGAAUAUGUUGAUGCCUUCUUAAGCAGAGCAGUGAGGCCCUUCAGUAACCUGUUACAGAUCCACGGGCACAACCGAGCCAGACAGAGGGACAAGUUGGGACACAUACUGGAGGACCUGUCCAGUCUACAGGACGAGGCAGACAAGGUUGACGCUGCCCUGCACUCCAUGAUGAUCAAGGUGGACCCCCAGCGCCAGCACCUGGCCUGUUUUGGCACCUGGGUCCUGUACCACAUCCUCCGCAUCAUGAUCCAGUACCUACUGUCUGGUCUGGAGCUGGAGCUGUACAGCACACAUGAGUAUCAGUAUGUCUUCUGGUAUCUGUAUGAGUUUCUGUAUGGCUGGCUGCUGUCCACCCUGUCUCGUGCAGAGGCCAUGUACCAGGAACACGACGCGUACAUGGAACAGCAGAAGGGAGGCAGCAAGAAGAAGAGCAAGAAGAAAAAGAAAGGCCGACCACCAAGCAAGGAAAUUGUACUUGGCCAAGCUGAACAGAGCUUAUGUGGAGGGUAUUACAAGGCCAUACAGGGUUUCUACCUUGAUGAGCGGUUGAAGAAGCCGGUGUUUGAGUUCGAUAACGAGCAGGUUCGCUACGAGCAUCGCUUCGCGCCCUUCGCCAGCAUCGUCACCCCCCCACUGGUGCCAUAUUCACAGUUCCAGGACAUGGUAGCUCUGGAGAAGUUCUCCCCUCCACUACAGCCUGCAGACUUCUACGUCCAGGCCUGUAAAUGUUUCCAGCAAGCCAAGAACAUCUACGAGAGUUUCCCCAACCAAACCAAGGAGGUGCAGACGCUCUGUAAGAUCGCCAAGACCAACUUUGUAGUCGUCAAGCUACUGCUGGGAGGUCACAAAAGAGAGUCCAAGUCACCCCCUGAGUGGGACUUCACAGAACACAACACUUUCCCCAUCAUAAGACUGACCUAAAGCCUGCCGUGUCCCGACAUCCGGGGUCCUGCUGAAAUUCUCUGUCAUCAGCUUUUAGAACUGUUGGCUCCACACCAACUGGAGCACAUGCUUGGCCCAGCAGGGUAUGUUAUAUGUGGCAGAUAUGGAGUACUUGCCAUCUAACCUAGAAAAUUUGUCAGCACUCAAAGAGAAAGACUGCAGUGUUCGUUGUGGUCAAAACAGGGCUCUAGCCAACUCGAAUUUUUUUCUGUCAGCCCAGGUUCAUGAUCAGACUUGGGGGGAGAGUCCUCGCA